UUACUUUUAUCCAGAUACUUGAGACGCAACAUGAAAUUGGAUUUCACCAGGAUAAUUUUAAUAUACCGCUAUGGCGUGUGAUAUUUGUGUUUAAUAAAGGGAGGAAUGAACUGGGGGUUUUGUUUGUAUAUCAUCAUGGAAUUGGGGAUGGACAAAGCUCUUAUGCAUUACAUAAUUUAUUUUACAAAUUUUUGAAUGAAAAUUUGGAUUUAUUUGAUUCGAAUACACCCAUACCUGAUGAUCAUACACUCAGGAAAGAAGCAACAGUUCAGGUACCGAUAAUGCCACUUCCAUUUCCACUCAAUGAAAGAAUCUCACUUCAUCCUCCUCUUCAUAAAAUUGUUCCUCUUAUCGCACCACAUCUUAUUAUCCUGUCUUUUAUUAAAGUAAUUAAAGAAAAUAAAUAUUGGGCAGGAGACAUUCCUUCAAAAUCUCUGAAUAUUUUUCGUACAAAAGUAAAAAUAUUCGAGCUAACCAAAGACGAAUUUCAAAAAUUAUACGCUAAAAACGAAGGUAGCACAAUUCAAGCAGUGUUAUAUGCGGCA